AUGGCGUCAUCCUCGCAGGUGCAGGCGCAUCUGCAGGCAGUGGAGGCGCUCAAAGCUAAAGAGGCUGCUUUCCGAUACGACCAUGCCGCCCUGUCCAACAUGACCGCCGACGAAGCGCGCGCCAACACCAUUUUCACCCGUUUGCGCGACGCCGAAGUGCUGUCGACAUGGGAGAAGCAAGGUGAUCUCGUCGCUUUCGCGGGCAUGGACUUCUACGGAGCGAGGAAGAACGGACUGGGACAACCGUCCGAGGUGUGGAACGCCGUGCAGCGUAUGCCCAAAGGUGCGCUUCUGCAUUGCCAUUUUGACGGUACGGUGGAUACCAAAUUCUUGCUGGAACAUGCCAAGAAGACGCCGGGUAUGGCGAUGAAGACGGAUGUGCCACUGUCGACGCCCGAGUCGCUGUGGAAGGCGACGGUCGAGUUCUUGGUUUUGCCGGAGGGGGCGGAGCGGUCAAAGACGAGCAUCUAUUCGGAAGAGUAUUUGCCAGGAACCUGGGUCAGCUUCAGCCACGCUCGCGAGUCGUUCCCAUACCCUCACCCCUACUCACUGGAACCACGGGCACAGCCGAACGGAGAUACCACACACAGAGCUGCCAGCUCCGACUCGGGCCUCGCCUUCGAUGCAUAUGCACACGCUCUCAUGACCUUGACACCGCACUCGGCCGUCCCCGCCAUCACCAACAGCAAGCAGGCGUGGGCCAAGUUCCAGUCUACCUUCGGCGUCAUUGCGGGUCUAAUCGGAUAUGAGCCCACGCUGAAAGCCUACACCAAGGAGCUACUCCGCUCGCACGCACGAGAUGGCAUCUCCUACACCGAAACACGCAUCAACUUUCUCACCGAGUUCAUGGUGCGCCAGGACGGCACUCCCGAUCUGGAUCACGAGGCGUGGGUGCGAAUCUUCAUCGAGGCCGUCAAUGAGGUCAAGAGUGAGAUCACCGACGGCAGCUUUGUCGAUGCAAAGAUCAUCUACACCACGGUGCGCUUCGUCGACAACGAAAGGCUGCGCUGGUAUCUCGAAGACUGCAUCAUGCUCAAGAAGAAGUUUCCAGAGUGGAUUGUCGGCUUCGACCUGGUUGGGCACGAGGACCCGCUGUUGCCGCUCAAAGUGUACAUCCCGGAGCUGCUGCGAUUCCAGCAGCGAUGCAAGGAGGAAGGCGUAGAGAUUCCAUUUGUCUUCCAUGCGGGGGAGACGCUCGAAGACGGCGGGGAUGCAGAUCUCAACCUGUACGAUGCGCUGCUGCUGGGCACAAAGCGCAUCGGACACGGUGUCUCGCUUGCCCGCCAUCCGAUCCUGACAGAUAUGGUCAAGGAGCGCGAUAUCUGCCUCGAAAUCUGCCCCAUCUCGAACCAGGUGCUCGGCUACACGUCUUCCAUCUGCUCGCACCCGAGCCUGCUCGCUCUGCUCAAUAGGAACGUCCCCGUAGCGCUGUCCUCCGACGACCCGAGUAUCUUUGAGAACUUUGGCUUGUCGUAUGACUUUUAUCAGCUCGUCAUCAGCUCGAAAGCUACCUCGCUCGUGUCGCUUGCCGCGCUGGCGCGCAGGUCGAUCAAGUACACACUGGUCGACGAGGCGACUAAGCAGAGGAUGUUUCAGGACUGGGAUGCGAGGUGGACUGCGUUCCUAGCGUGGUUCUUGCAAGAGUAUGGGCAUGUUGCCAAGCAGUGA